AUGUCCCUCCCGCAAACCACGAUGAAGCCUACGCAACCAUCUAUAAAGUCCUUCUUCCAACCACGACAACAACCUUCCUACGCACCUCCACCCGCGUCAUCAAAGUUUACAGCUGCGCCAGGAGCUGCCUCUUCUGCCCCUCCUCCCCCCGCAUCGAAUCAGCCCCCCACUACGACAACAUCUCCCACGACGACCUCACCACCACCCGUCGCCUCGGUCUCCCUCCAUCCCCAAGCCUCGAUCCGCCCUGUUGACGAUGCAGAUCUCCAACCCCUCAAACGCAUAAAUUCCCUUCUCCUCCCGGUUGCCUACCCCGAGACGUUCUACGCUGCAGCUCUCACAGGCGACUUCUCGCGUGUAAUAACCUGGACCGACAGCGGCGCUACGCAGGUAGUUGGCGGUGUCGUAUCCCGCAUUGAGCCUUCCCCAUUCCCGCCGUCGUCUUCGACACCGGAGCACGCCCUCUACAUUCAGAGCCUGGCGCUGCUCUCGCCAUACCGUACACACGGCCUCGCGACAGCUACCAUCGACCACCUCGUCUCAGCCGCAUCCUCCACGCCGGGGGUGAACCUCCGUCACAUUUACGCGCAUGUCUGGACCGACAACGAGGAAGGUAUCAGGUGGUACACCGCCCGCGGCUUCGAGAAGUACGGCGACGAGCUGAAGGGGUAUUACAUCAAGCUUCGACCAGACUCCGCCUUCAUUGUUCGCCGCGCCGUGGGGCCCUUGUCUCUGUCCGCCGGAGCCCAAGUAUCCUCCACCACAAUGACGCCAGCCGCUGGGCCGACCGCCGCCGUCGCGAACCUCCCACCCAUGAACCAUAACAAGAAGGCUAGCCCGCCACCCAGCGCAGCGAACGGGAUCUCGCGGGCGCCCUCUGGCGAGUCCUUCCAGAACCGUCGUGCAGAGACGGAAUGGAACGAUUUGCCCGCCGACAUGGCGCCUUCCAUGCUCGCUCCGCCACGGAAUAGUGGCGGAUCUGGAGCGAGUUCGCGCAGCAGCUCGACGGCGAGGAAGAAGAAGGACCGCUCGUACCCUGCCGCUGCCUUUGGUAGUUAG